AUGCCCAAGAAAGGUGGAAAGGGAAAGAAGGGCAAGGGUAAGGGCGGUGGCGGCACAGCGAAGAAGGCACCCACCGUCCAAGAGCAUAUAACCACCGGCCACCAAGUUGAAGAUGUUAUCAAGGGCGAAGGCGAAGGCGAAACCACCGAAAGCCUCGCCCCCGGCACUGCUAUCAAUGUCCCCUCCGCUGCCCCGCCUCAUGUCGCCGCGAGCACAGGAGCAGAGGGCACGUCAACCGCGGAGACCACUGAAAAUGGCGAUUCAUCGAACGAGGACGUAGACGAGCUUAGGAACCCCGGCACCGCCAAGAGGUUCUCGUUGGCGGAGCACCCGGGUGACGCAAAGGGGCGUGGCAUGCCAUCUUCCUUGCCCGAUAGAGGAGAAGCCGAAUCCGAAAUGAACGAGAACACCCUGCAGGGUGCUGUCGGCAAGACCCAGGCUUCGAAGGCGGGUCUGGUCGGAUUGUUGGACGCAGGUGAUGGCGAGGGACAAGCCGUAUUGCCUGAUACGGUCGCCAAAGAGUCCCAGUUGACGGCUCCUACGACGGCCCCCGAGACCACCAUUCCCGAAGCGACUGCUACCGAGGCCGCCCCUCCCGUACCCGUCGUCACAGACGCCAACGCUCCAGUAUGGGAAGCGCCGGCGGAAACAGCACUGCCAGAGAGACUCAAGGAGAAGGAAACUGCUGCGGCCGAACCGACAGCCACAUCUCCGUCCGACAGUGCGGACUUGACUGGCCAUCCAAAGCGGCCAUACGAGAGCAGCCUCUUCCACAAGGACGAGGACCACAAGCCUCCCAAGAUGGCCAAGGUCGAGGACUCCGAAGCCGCCCCUGCCGCUGCAGAAACCAAGGCUGCGGACUUGCAAACCGAGGUGCCAAGCAAGUCGACGGUGCAACCCCUGGUUGUCCCAGGGCUUGGUGCCGAAUCCACAGACAAGCCCGUCUCUGAUGCUGAAAUUCCUCAGAAGGUCGAGCCUGCAGAAGCUGUUGCCCCGACCACCGUUCCUUCGGCCGCCCAGGCUGCUGCUUCCACCACGUCCCCUCUCGUUCCCGCCGCAGGCGCAGGGGGCGAAGCCGACGCAGAGGCCAGGCAGAAGCAGGAGGCUAAAGAGAGCAUUCAAGCUUUCACCGGCGAGGGACAGGGCCCCGCGGCCAAGGAGCCCCAGCAAGAGUCUGAGGAGAAGGCCAAGGAAAAGGCUCAGGAGACCGCGCCCGUCGAGACGACCCCGGAGACCCCCACAAAGGCCAAACCCAACGUUGCUACCGCUGCCGCCGUCGCCGCCAUGAGAGGAAAGUCGGCUGCUUCGCCGGCACCUGCCACUGAAGGCGCCGACAAGACAGAAGCUGAGCCCAAGGAGAGUCAGCCCGAGACUCAGCCCGAGACCCAGGGUCAGACCCGGGGAGAAGAGGCGGCUGCAGAGGAGACCCAGCAGCCCGAGACUACCGACGCUAAGAAGUCGCACGAGGAGGCGCAAACGGCCGUCGACAAAGCCCAAGAGGCAGCCAAAGCCGAAGCCGCCAAGGCGGACAAGCGCAAGAGUGGCUUCUGGUCAUGGAUCAAGCGCAAGGUCAAGGGCACUUAA